AUGUCCUCCUUCCUAAAAUUCCUCGUCUCCUCCGGGGACGCCAACUCGUCACGCCGGCACAAACAUCCUUACUACCCGCGUGAGGUGGUCGUCCCCAACUAUGCGCCCAACACGCUCACGCUGCCCAUGGUGCUCGGUGCAUUUGGCGGAGCCGUGACGCUCUUGAUGGUGGGAGUGGUGGCUGUGGGCAAGAAGGUUAAUAAGCGGUUGACGUGGAAGGAUGCGGGGGCGUUGGCGUGGUUUACGUUAUGUGGUUUCUUGCAUUGUUUCUUUGAAGGAUAUUACGUCCUCAACCACGCCACCCUCGCCGGCAAGCAAGACAUCUUCGCCCAGCUGUGGAAGGAGUACGCGCUAUCCGACUCGCGGUACAUGACCUCCGAUCCGUUCAUGCUCUGCAUCGAGGCCUUGACUGUUCUCACCUGGGGCCCUCUCUCCUUCCUGGCCGCUUUUGCCAUCAUCAAGGGCAACACCAGCCUCCGCCACAUCACCCAGACCAUCGUCAGCGUCGGCCACCUCUACGGCGUCGCCCUCUACUUUGGGACUUGCUUCUUCCAGGAGAAGUUCCGCGGCAUCUCGUACAGCAGACCGGAGACGCUGUAUUACUGGGUUUACUAUGCCGGCAUGAACGCGCCUUGGGUUAUUGUCCCUGCUAUCCUCCUCUUCCAAAGCAGCAAAACCAUCAGCCAAGGCCUCUCGGUCCUCAACAAAGUCAAGAGCAUGAAGGGCGGCGAUUCAUCCGCCUCCGGUAGCAGCAGCAUCUACAGCGGCAAGGCAGAAAGCAUCAGGUCCUUUGAUGGCAGCAGUGAAAGCAAGAGCAGCAGCAGCAGAAAGGCCGACAGGGAAAGCAAGCGCGAACCCAGCAGGGAUAGCAGAGAUGGAGGCAAAGAAAGGAGGGAUCGCGUCGAGCGCGAGCAGGCGGCCUACCUCAGAGAUGAGGGCAGGCCGGAGAGCAUUGCGGAGAGCAGAUAUGAGAUCUGGGAGGAGAGCAGGGCGGAUGCGAGGGAACAGUUGAGGAAGAAGAAGACGGGUCGGAGGGAGUAA